GCCAUUUACAUUUAAAUUUGUCUUUAAUUUUGAAGAUAAAGGAACACAAAAACCUUGAAGGAUCGAUUCCUAAAUUUUUUGGAUUCUCUUAAAUAAAAACAUCAGAUUAAUUCCUUCUAAUUUGAUUCAUCUUCUUCGACUCAAAUCUUGGCAAAAGAAAAAAAAUUAUCAGAGCUGGACAAAUGUUUCGUGGGCUCACGGUUCACUUUCUCUCGAGAACAAAGUUUCAGAUCUAGUUUUUAUUUUGCCUGAGUUAUCUUCAGUGACGCAUCCACGGUGGCGGGGACGUGUGUUGCAGAGCGGCGGAGUUAUCCAACUUGGGAAAGGAUUAGGAUUAGGAAAGGAUUAGAGCUGUUGAAACCGGUGAAGAUAUCAGUAUCAACUUGGGUCCUCUUGAGGAGUUAUCCAACUUAUUUAAAGCUGAUCUGCUUCUUUGUGAAUCCGGUGGAGAUAACUUAGCUGCUAAUUUCAGCAGAGAGCUUGCUGACUAUAUCAUCUACAUCAUCGAUGUAUCCGCUGGUGAUAAAAUACCCCGUAAAGGUGGCCCUGGCAUAUUUGUUAAUACACAAUUACGGAAAGCCCCUUCUUCCAAGAGGCAGCGAAGCGAACGUUUGAUUCCGACAGCGGCGAGAAAGAGAAAGAGAGAGAAAAUGACUAAGACCAACUCCAACCCAUCUCCAUUUUCAUCUGCAUAAUAGAGUUUGGAGUCAAUUUUGUUCCAACCCAUCUUCAUUUUCAACUCCAAAAUAGAGAUUUCCAUUUUUUUCUCUAUAUUUGGAGACUUCUUUUUUUUUCUUUACACUACAAUUUGGAGAUCUCUAUAUUUUUCUCCAAAAUGGAGUAGGGUUGGAGUAAAACCCAAUUCCAUAAUAAAAUUACUCCAUUUUGAAGAAAAAAAUGGAGAGAUGGGUUGGAGAUGCCCUAAGAAAGCUCCCAUUUCAGGGUUAUCGCGGCCUUUGUCUCCGUCGUGCAGUGGAGGCUCUACUCGGGACGUAGAUUUAGCUGUGAAGUCAAGUGAAAGUGUGAGAAGGUCUACAAGACUGAGACUUCAGCCGUUGAGAAAGCCAAAUAUAAGCCAGAGGAAGAAACAUGUUAAACUUUGUUCCAAGAUGCCUAAGAAACCUCCCACUGCUUUCUUUUAUUUCUCGUUCUGUCUCAGAUCACCGUCGGAUUACUCCCUCUCGAGUUACUUCUCGAACGGGUUGUGUUCUUCUGAAGAUGGUUCGUCUCAGUUCGCUUCUCCUCCACUCGAUGGCUUGAUGACGAAGUGUAAUCUUGGUGGUGAUGAUUUGGGUCUUUGCGAAAGUUUCGAUCUUUUGAAUGUUGGUGAAGAAGGAGACAAGACUCUUCUUCAUCAUGUACGAACAGAUCAGACUCAUCACCAAUACAACAACCAAAGGAGCGAUUUUGGAAACUAUGAAGCUAGUGGUGGUGAUGGUGGGUUUCGUUAUUACUCUGGUUUUGGUGUUGAUCAAAAGGAUCAACCUUUACUGUUCCCAAACCAAAACGAUCAAAUCCUCAAUUCUGUGAAUUUAUGAUUGCAGAGUUGUAACAAUAAUUACUCUGUUCCAUCAUUGGUUCAUCGAACAUUGUUUGAUCAUCAAGGCAGUAGCAGUAACAAGCCUCCUCAGAGUCUUCUUCCUAAAGUAUCUGAGUACCAGGGAUAUGUUUACAUAAUGGCUAAAGAUCAGCAUGGAUGCAGAUUCUUGCAGAGGAUCUUUGAAGAUGGAAGUGGUUUAGAUGCUAUGAUCAUUUUCAAUGAGUUGAUCCCUCAUGUUGUUGAGCUUAUGAUGGAUCCUUUUGGGAAUUACUUGAUGCAGAAACUUUUAGAUGUUUGUAAUGAAGAACAAAGAACACAGAUCAUACUCAUGGUUACUUCAGAGCCUGGUCAGCUUAUUCGAAUAUCACUCAACGCUUACGGGUAAGAGAGUUCUGUAUAUAUUGAUGUUUUAACCAUAUGAUCAGUUUGAUGUUACGUUAUGGUUGGUGUUUGUGUGUGUGUGUGUGUGAGGGGUUAAGUACUCGAGUUGUUCAGAGAUUAGUGGAAUCAAUCGAGACUAGGAAGCAGAUUACUUUGGUGAAGACAGCUCUGAGACCUGGAUUUCUCAAUCUCAUUAGGGAUUUAAAUGGGAUUCAUGUAAUUCAACGUUGCUUACAGUGCCUUAGUACAGAAGAUAACGAGUUCAUCUUUGAAGAUGCUACAAAGUACUGUAUAGAUAUCGCGACACAUCGACACAGAUGCUGUGUGUUACAAAAGUGCAUUGCUUAUUCCAGUGGACAACAUAGAGAGAAGCUUGUAACAGAGAUAUCAAGAAACAGUCUCUUCCUUGCUCAAGACCCUUACGGGAACCAUCUCAGCAAUGAACGUGUGCCAACUGAGCUAAAGAUACAGCAACAGAUUGAUGAAGACCACACACUAACUCAACUCGCAAACUCUAAUUCUAGGACUAAUUAGAGAUGAGUUGAUAUUUUGGGAUUUUAUAACCUAUGAAACUAUUGGUUAGGUUAUUUUUUUGGAUGUAAUCCUAUGAUAUUUUGUCUACGUUUAACCUAGAUAACAAUUAAUUGUUAACCGUUUGGUUUAUCGUUUUUUUAUUGUUGUUAACUGCACCUUCUGUACCCAUUAUGGAUUCAAAAAAAAAAUAUAUAUAUUGUAUACUAUUGUAAAAUAACAUCUUAAGGUA